CUGUCCCGUCCGCUGCCGUUUCUGACCGCUGCCACAACCGCCCACCUUGGCAAGCUGUUUGCCAACCUCAGCUGCCUCGACACAAACAACACUCAACAUUGAUGCGUGGGCCUUGCCACGCCAACUUUCCCACAUACCAAGACCUGCGCCAUGUCGUUCCUAUUCGACAAGGUUAAGUCGGGCCUCAAAGAUGUCGAGGCUCGCAUCAAAGCAGAAACGACCGGAUCCACGCAUGCCCACACGCACAACUCGAACGUCUGUUCCGAUAACGAUGACCAUCACUUGCACCGUUACCAGAGCUUUGCACCUCAGCGCGAAGGUAAUGAGGUCAAGUGGUAUGUCGACGGCUGCAGCUAUAUGUGGGCCGUCUCUACCGCCAUUGAAAAUGCACAGUCGAGUAUCUGGAUUCUGGACUGGUGGCUCAGUCCCGAGCUUUAUCUUCGGAGACCACCGGCUUUGCACGAACAGUAUCGACUCGACAGACUGUUAUUUGCAGCUGCAGAGCGAGGAGUGCAAGUCUAUGUGAUCGUCUAUAAGGAAGUGACACAGGCAUUGACUCUUAGCUCACAUCACACCAAGCACUGGCUUGAGGACAAUGACAAGACAGGCAACAUCAAGGUCUUCCGCCACCCGGAUCAUUUACCUGACAAGCAGACUUUGGCCUCAAAUUUCAUGGCCAGCAUUAAGCAAUCCGGCUUGAGCGCUGCUAAACUCGCACAACUCCCAGGUGAUGCCAUCAAGGGAAUCUAUGGCAUGAACGAUGGUACCGUGCUGUACUGGGCACAUCACGAGAAGCUGUGCUUGGUCGACAGCCACGUCGCGUUUAUGGGCGGGCUGGACCUAAACCUUGCUGACCUCGCAUCAUUUAGGUGCUACGGUCGAUGGGAUACCAACCAGCACUCCAUCGCAGAUGCCCAUCCUGAUGAUUUGAAGCAGAUUGUGUUCCCUGGCCAAGAUUACAACAACGCUCGAAUCAUGGACUUUAGCGAUGUCAGCCACUGGGAGAACAACAAACUGCCGAGAACCAGCAACAGCCGAAUGGGCUGGAGUGAUGUUGCCUUAUGUGCCAAGGGCCCCGUAGUGGAAGAUCUCAAGGCUCAUUUCGUACAACGCUGGAACUUCAUCUACUACGAAAAGUAUGAUGUCCGUAGAGACGAUCGAUACGCCCCUCUUGUCUACCACCCGCAAAGAAUUGGCAUCAUCGGACACCCUUACCGGUCUACCGAAGACGGUGGUGUCGAAGGCGAGGGCCAAAUGCAAUCCUUCCGCGAUAGAAUUCGCGAGCAGUACGAAAAGGGCCGUGCUCGUUUGGAAGAUGGAAGAGACAAGCUGCUGUACAAUCAGGACAUUCCCGACGGGCCACUUGGAGGUGUUCAGUGCCAGAUUGCUCGCUCAGCAUGCAAGUGGAGUCACGGAGUGAAGCUGGAGCACUCCAUUGCCAAUGCCUAUAUCCAAACGAUCAGAGAAAGUGUCCAUUUCGUGUACAUCGAGAACCAGUUUUUCAUCACCGCGACCGGACACCAGCAGAAGCCUGUCAAGAACCUCAUCGGUGCAGCCAUGGUGGAGCGGAUCCUGCGAGCUGCGAGAAACAAUGAAGACUGGCAUAUGAUCAUCAACAUCCCAUCAGUGCCCGCUUUUGCUGGUGACCUCAAGGACGAUGCCGCGCUCGGAACACGGGCCAUCAUGGAGUUCCAAUACUUUUCGACCAAUCGCGGAGGCCACAGCAUCAUGGAGGAGGUCGCUCGGCAGGGCGUAGACCCCAUGAAGUAUAUCCGCUUCUACAACCUCCGAAGUUAUGAUAGAAUCAAUGCCAAUGCCUCCAUGGCAAAGGUCGAGCAGCAAGCUGGGGUUUCUUAUGACGAUGCGAGAAAAGGCUACGAUCAGCAGUAUGCCCACACCGUGGAAUCGGGUCAAUAUAACCAGGAGUACGCCGAUCCAAAUGGUAACGCCAACGCCUACGAUCGAUAUCAGCAGACUGCUCAACAGAUUUCUGGAGGUGGUAAUCGUGGCCGUUGGGAUUCAGUCGCCGAAUGCUAUAUGCAAAAUGGUCCAGACAUCCGAUCAGUGCCAUGGGAUGGCGCUCCCGAAGCCGAAAUGGACGCCUUCGUGUCCGAAGAGCUGUACAUCCACAGCAAACUCUUGAUCGCAGACGACCGCAUCGUAAUCUGCGGCUCAGCAAAUCUGAACGACAGAUCACAACUUGGAGACCACGACAGUGAAAUCGCCAUGAUCAUCGAAGACAACCAAGAAUUCGACUCUCAAAUGGGCGGUAGACCAUGGAAAUCCAAAGUCUUCGCCUCCACUCUUCGACGCCAAAUCUUCAGGAAACAUCUCGGACUGCUUCCACCACAAGACAUGCAACGUCCAGACAAUAAUUUCAUGCCUGUGGGAACGCCGAAUAACUACGAUUGGGGCAGUCCCGAAGACCAAGCAGUUGCUGAUCCGAACUCAGAGGCCUUCCAUAGAUUGUGGAAACAGACCGCUGCGACGAACACGCAAGCGUUCGCGAAGGUCUUCCAUCCGGUUCCGGACGACCAAGUCAAGAACUGGAAAGAUUACGAAGAGUACUAUGAGAAGUACUUCAAAGCUGAUGAUCCCAAGAAACAAGGACAAGAGAAUGAGAAGCCAGCUUUCUGGAGAUGGGGUCACGUCGUCAAAGAAGAAUUCUCACCUGGCGCCCAGGGAACGCAAGAGAUGAAGGAAGUGCUCAGUAGGAUUCGAGGAAACUUGGUGGAGAUGCCGCUAUUGUUCUUGAAGGAUGAGGAUAUUGCCAAAGAAGGCUUGGGAUUGAACGCUAUGACUGAGGAGCUUUAUACGUAGGGAGGAUCGCUUGCAGUCUUGAUGAGAAUGAAUGUCAUGACCAGAUUGGACACAGGGUAUGAGAAGCGUAGAAAUGGACGUUAGAAAGGGAAUCAUACAAGCAUUCGAGUUCUGACAUGUGGCUUGGUUGCGCAAGCAAACGCAGUAAGCUUCUCAACAGAACAGUAAGACCUGUCGUACGAACGCGACCAUGUUGUAUGUCAAAUGUGAUUUGUGGUGAGAUCCUGUUCUGCCAAGCAAGAGCGUCCUGUGCCUGACUUGUUGCCAACAUGCUGUACAAGCGGCAGUACCACGGCCCAUGGAGACUUCCUGUCCCACGCCGCUAGCCCAUAGCCAACGCCUAGGGCUCUCGUGCAUUGCCUCAGCUGACACGGGUAGCUGUUGGAACUCUCAUUACUGAUCCGUGACAGGCCUUCUCCGCUCGCGCGUAUUCGUGCUCG